UUUUUUUUUUUUUUCCUUUCUUCCCUUACCCGACUCGUCCUGCGCCCUUCCGCAUCGCUUGCAAAUCUCAUUGCCUGUGACUCAACUCAUGCGGAAUGCCGUCUAGAAUCCAACGGUCUCUGUUGGACAGUGAAUAAUCCCUUAGUUCUUCGGACACCCAAUAUGUCUUCGUCGCGGUCGGACAGCCUGAAAACCCAGAAACUGGACACCGACAGCUUUGUCGCUUUUGACCAUGCCGCCGCUGGCCACGACGGUGUCCAAUGCACUUUGUCCGGCUCCUUUAUCGCAAAGCCCUGCACCCCCGAAGAAGUCGCGUUUUACGAGUCUAGCGCCCUCCACCCGGAAUUCAGAGAGUUUAUCCCUACAUACAUAGGGACUUUGACCUCCGCCGACCAGCAGCAGUUCUCCGCCAUCGAAGCUGCUCAGCAGUCCGGUGCGAUUGUUCUCCCCGGAUCAGACUACUCCUCGACAUCGGGCACGCCGAGCGCGACCGCACCAGCACAGCUCAGCGCGGCAACCUCGGGAUCGGCGAGUACCGCGCAGGAUCUACCAUGGGUUCCUUCGAACGGGAAGAAGCUGGAGACAGGAAUAUCUAUUGUGCUGGAAAACGUGGCUUCGGGGUUUAAGCGGCCGAAUGUUUUAGACGUGAAGCUGGGCGCAAGGCUAUGGGCUGAUGAUGCGCCGCCUCAGAAGCGGGCGAAAUUAGAUGCUGUAUCCCAGGAGACAACAAGCUCGAAGCUGGGGUUUCGGAUUGCGGGGAUGAAGGUCUGGACGGGCGUGAGUGGAGAAAGCGACGAAGGAAGUAAAACCGAUCCCUAUGCUACGAAAUACGAGGGUUCCGAAGGGGCGCGGGGCGAGGUUAUCGAGAAAGACGGAUAUAAGCGCUACGAUAAGUGGUAUGGGCGGGCUCUCACAGAGGACACUAUUAUAGAAGGGUUUCAAAAAUUCCUCGCUGGUGCCAAAGCUGGGGCCGUUGACCGCUCCCAGUUGGUCGCCCAGAGAUUGGCGGACGAACUGAAAAAGGUACAGCAUGUGCUGGAGGCGGAGGAAAGCCGGAUGUAUUCUUCAAGUGUGUUGAUUGUAUAUGAGGGAGAUCCAGAAGCGAUGGAACAUGCGCUUGUGGAGGAACAAAAGCCCCGGCCUGAACGGGGUGAGUCCGAGGACGAAGACGAAGACGAGGAAGAGGAGAACAUGGAAUUCCACAUCCAGCAGGGCGGGUCAAUCCAGGUGGUUGAUAUACCGGUCGGUCAGGGAACCAAAUCUCACCAGGCCAUAAAUAUUAACAUCGACCCCGAAAUGGCCGAGCUGGCCGAUCUGGGAGACCUGGGGGAUCUAGAAGAUGAUGAGGAAGAGGAUCCCCCAAAGGUGCAUGACCUUCGUCUGAUCGAUUUUGCCCACGCCAGUUGGACACCAGGUCAGGGGCCGGACGAGAAUGUGCUCAAAGGAAUACGGAACUUGAUCAAAAUCCUGUCCGGACUUGCCGUCGAGUAAGUGUACGAUAUGCAGGCCAAGGCAUCGAAACUCGCAGGCGAUAUAGAUGCUAUAUGAAACAAUUUGGUGUUAGCGAAUAUACAAAUGUACAUCAAUUCUUUGAUACCGAAUACUGUUG